CGAGCCGGAAGUAAACAUAAGCAGAAGUGAGCGGACGGACGACGCGGCGGAGAAAGGGCCGGCUCUCCUCAUGACGACUCUGAUUUGCACUCUUCAACACCAUCGCGAUGAGAUCAACUGGUGCGCCUUCUCAGCCAAACUCCUGGCCACAUGCUCUGGGGACAAAACGCUCAGGGUUUACAGCACCAGUGACUUCUCUGAGCUGCCUUUCUCACCGCUGUCAGGACACGGCUACAGUGUCCACUGUUGUCGCUUCAGCGCCUGUGGGCAGUUCCUCGUCUCCUGUUCCACCGAUGCCACCAUCAUGGUCUGGUCCAUGGUGAGCGGUGAGAUCGAGGCCGUCAUGGAGCAUCCUGGUCGCAGUCCUGUCAGGAUCUGUGCACUCUCUCCCGAUUCUGUCCACCUGGUCUCUGGUGCAUCUGAUGGAUCCAUAGCUCUGUGGGAUUUUCCCUCCAAACAGCUGUGCAGGACAGCGGCAGUGGAUGACACCACGAUGGUCGCCUGCUCCUUCAGCCCCUGUGGUCAGCUCUUCAUGACCGGCUCCACCUAUGGAGACCUGCGUCUGUGGGACCUGAGCAUGAACCAGCUCCACGCUGAGAAGAACGCCCACGACCUGGGGGUCAUCUGCUGCACGUUUGCUCCCCACAUCCACAGUGGGGGUCAUGUCGUGCAGUUUAUUUUGGCGUCCUGUGGCCAAGACACUCACUUAAAGAUCUGGGCGGUAAACAAGUUCAGCUCUGGAGUGUGGAAGAUGCAGCUGCUGCACACAUUGACAGGCCACUCGGCUCCAGUCCUGUCCUGUGCCUUCUCCUCAGACGGGCAGCUGCUCGCAUCGGGCUCCGUGGACAAAACUGUGACAGUCUAUGACGCGGUGAGUCCGUUUCCCCUCUUACAGAUGUGCUCUGUAAUCAUUUACUGCCCAUGUUUAAUGAUGGGCUUCACUUUGUUUUUGCAGAACUCUGCAGUUUUGCUUCACACACUGAGCCAGCACGAGAGGUACGUGACAGCAUGUGCCUUCUCUCCAACCUCACCACUGUUUGCGACAGGAUCGAUGGAUAAGACGGUAAACAUCUGGAGGCUGGAGGAUGGAAGCAGUGGCCAUGGCGGGAAGUCACUGGCUGAGUCUGUACUGACAACCAAUGAAGGGAGAGGCUCAGCUGGCCGAUCGAAGCUGCUGGUCACCGACUGGUCAGAGGAGGACGUGUCGGAGUGGCUGCUGGCGGAAGGCCUCGGGGAAUUGGUGGACAAAUUCAGAGCCAACAACAUAGACGGGACGGAGCUGCUCAGUCUCACCAAGGAAACGCUGGCGUCAGAGCUGCUCGUAGAGUCCGUCGGCCUGCGCAGCAAACUCCUGAGGAAGGUGGAGGAGAUGAAGGAUUACUCGGUGUGUUCAGGUGUUCCUGAUGAGUUUCUGUGUCCAAUCACCAGAGAGCUGAUGAGGGAGCCCGUCAUCGCUGCUGAUGGAUACUCGUAUGAAAGAGAGGCCAUCGAGAGCUGGAUCAACACCAAGAACCGCUCGAGCCCCAUGACCAACCUCCCUUUACUGACCACUCUCCUCACUCCUAACCACACCCUGAAGAUGGCUAUUGGCCGCUGGAAGACCAGCCACUAGUACUGUAAAAACACUCGGUAUGAUCCUCACACAUUUGACAUGCUGGGCAUCACCAGUACUUUAUCUCAGCUCCUUCACUUUACUUUGAUUACUGUGAAAAAUAUAGCUGAAUGCAGCUUUAAUUGAAUCGUAAUAAUUCAGGUUGUGUUACUUAAAACACUUUUCACUCGAUCUGCAGCAAUAACAUGCUCGGCUAGAUUGACUCGACAUUGCAGGGCCUUGUUUAUUACAAGUCUUUCAGAGUGCUGCUCAGCUUAACUUGUGCUGUUUACCAGAUACACCACAUUCCUUCAAACUCAACUGCUCUUAAAGUGAGAAUAGUGUACAGUUAAGUCAUGGUGGGCGUGACAAGAGUGAUGACCCUAACAACAACUGCCUAUGCUGCAAAGAAACCUAAGAGAGUGGGCCGACAAUACGCAUUUUGACACUAAACUACGCCGCUACGAUGUGUCACUUCAGACUACGCGAAAAAGGGAAUAAAGACUUUGAGUUCGUCUGUGCAGCAGCUCACAGGCUACAUUCUAUGCGUCUAACUUUAGCGACUUUAGCAACGUUAGCCUGCUGGGGAAAAAGCGACUAUGACCAAUCGUUGCGCUCGUUUUCAUCCCGGCGUCAAACACGAGUGGAGAGCCGGAGAGACAAAAUCUGUUAGAUAGAUGAACACCGUUCCAACACUAAAUGCGUUUUAAUUACAUUUUAAUGUGAUUUUCCGUUUGCUUAUAUCAAAUAUUAACACCUACAUUUAAAUCAAAUGUCAAAAAAGAAUAGCCUUUUCAUUAAAGGAGUUCUUGUUUUCUUCAUUGUCCAUUUGGAUGUUGAAUAACUGACGCAGAAGUGAUUCGUAAGCAUGUGAGAGACACAUAUAAAUGAUGUGUGAUCAGCCAAACUGACAAACCACAAAGGUCAUCGAAAAUGGGAUCUUUGUUAUAUGUAAGAACAAUAACACUGACAAUAAAUCCCCAAUAAGUUGCUACUCAAAAACAUUUUUUAAGGUUGGCAGGUGUGUAAAUGCAAUGUUGCAAAUGAGGAGCUUAGGACAGUGAGCCCAAAACAUGGCAACCUUUUUCCCUGCCUACAUUAGCUGACUGUGAAGACAUUUGUGCACUUUUCAUAUUUUGAACAACAUAAGUAGUUUAUUUUAGAAAGGGAACUUGGCUUGUACCCGGAGGGUUGCUGAUUGGCAGGUCAGUCGCCGUUGCUCCCCAUUGAUUCGGGUUAAUUGGACACUGUAAAAGUGAGAGUGCUCCCAAUGCCAUUCCCAAGCUUGGAUAGAUGUGAGGUGAUGUGAUGAAAUAUGUGGAUCCCCUGUGGUGAUGGUGACCCCGAGAGAGGGAGAGGCCGGAAAGAACAAAAACUAUUUUUUUGUUGCUUUGUCGAAUAUCAGUGUUCGAAGGACACGGAAAUCAACACAAACUGAGGCUGAAGCGACAUUUCAGUGAUGAAACUGUGAAAGAAGCAGCUGCAGAAAUGUAGUCGUCCUCCAUGGAUAUUUUAUUAAACCACAGUAAUGUAGUGGUAACAUUCAGUAAAUCCAUAGCAUGACUCCAAAGGGUAUAUGACAACUAUGGACAUACAGCAAUGUAAAAAUCUUCUCUUUUAAUAUUUGCCUGUGUAAACUCUCUCUCUCUCGCUGUCUUUCUCUCUCUCUCUGUGUCCAAGUAAAUCAAUAAACACUUCAUAUGAAUAUUUUCUCUGCUAUGCAAAAAUAAAUAACAUAUACUGUGAA